GCCUCUCCCGACCCCACCAUGUGCGAGGAGGAGACCACUGCUCUGGUCUGUGACAACGGCUCCGGGCUCUGCAAAGCUGGCUUUGCCGGUGAUGACGCCCCUCGAGCCGUCUUCCCCUCCAUCGUGGGGCGGCCUCGGCACCAGGGUGUCAUGGUAGGCAUGGGGCAGAAAGACAGCUACGUGGGUGACGAGGCGCAGAGCAAGAGGGGCAUCCUCACGCUCAAGUACCCCAUCGAGCACGGCAUCAUCACCAACUGGGAUGACAUGGAGAAGAUCUGGCACCACUCCUUUUACAAUGAACUACGUGUGGCCCCUGAGGAGCACCCCACACUGCUGACCGAGGCACCCCUCAACCCCAAGGCCAACCGUGAGAAGAUGACCCAGAUCAUGUUCGAGACCUUUAAUGUCCCUGCCAUGUAUGUUGCCAUCCAAGCUGUGCUUUCCCUCUAUGCAUCUGGCCGCACAACUGGCAUCGUCCUUGAUUCUGGGGAUGGAGUCACCCACAAUGUGCCCAUCUAUGAGGGCUACGCUCUGCCCCAUGCCAUCAUGCGUCUCGACUUGGCUGGCCGUGACCUCACCGACUACCUCAUGAAGAUCCUCACUGAGAGGGGCUACUCCUUCGUCACCACCGCCGAGCGGGAAAUUGUGCGCGACAUCAAGGAGAAGCUCUGCUAUGUGGCCCUGGACUUCGAGAAUGAAAUGGCCACAGCUGCCUCCUCCUCCUCACUGGAGAAGAGCUAUGAGCUCCCUGACGGGCAGGUCAUCACCAUCGGGAACGAGCGCUUCCGCUGCCCUGAGACCCUCUUCCAGCCCUCCUUCAUCGGCAUGGAGUCCGCUGGCAUCCAUGAGACCACCUACAACUCCAUCAUGAAGUGUGACAUUGACAUCCGCAAGGACCUGUAUGCCAACAACGUCCUGUCUGGUGGCACCACCAUGUACCCUGGCAUCGCUGACCGCAUGCAGAAGGAAAUCACAGCACUGGCCCCCAGCACCAUGAAGAUCAAAAUCAUCGCCCCACCGGAGCGGAAGUACUCGGUGUGGAUUGGCGGCUCCAUCCUGGCGUCCCUCUCCACCUUUCAGCAGAUGUGGAUCAGCAAACCCGAGUACGACGAGGCCGGGCCCUCCAUUGUCCACAGAAAAUGCUUUUAAGCACCCCCUGCCUGGUGCCUGGGCUGGGGCGCCCUGCUCCUCCUCUGCCCCCGCUGCUCCUCCCUGCCGCCCACUGCGCAAUAAAACCUUUUCUCCAGG